GCCGCCAUGCUUUUUGUAUUGCCUCGCUAUUCAAUUCCGGUUCAUGAUAGCAACUUUCACCCCGGGAAAAGUUAAAUAAACGUGGCAAAUGUAAUAAAAGGAUUAUGGUUUGACAAGAAAAUCGAGGCAUGUAAUGGCAAGUUUGUGUAUAGAAUUUCGUGACAGAAGAAUUUAUUCGCGAUUCAAUCAAGCUAUCUAGUUACUUCAGCUUGUCCCUGCUGGCAUUAGUUGCUAGCUUGGUUAUUGAGUUGCAUGGGCUUGCUGGAGAAUCAAAAACAUUGACAGCUUACGUUAGCAACAUAGGUUGUUAAUUAUUUUCAUUUGUUGAGUAGCUAGGUAUUGUAGUUGACGGCAGCAAAUAUUUGUUGUAAUAGUUAGCUCUUGGCUGUACCUUCAUAGUUUCAUUGCAUUUGAUGUGAACAUAACUAGCUAUGACAAUGUCAUUUUAGCUAGCACAAAGUAAUAACAACUUGAAUAACUGUAGUUAAGCGGGAUUGCUUGAUUGUCUCUCAUUGCCAAACGCUUGACUUUACCUAAGGUCACAGCUGCCUACCAAAUGUGAUCAAAUCUACUUCUAGUGUAGUGACUCCAUGAAUCAGUUGAGUUAGUUGACAUUGCUAGAUAGCUAAUUAAUACAGUUUGAACUCACAAGAUACAACACGGAUAUCAUUAUUUGUCUUUAAGACAGGUGGGUAUAAUAACCUAGCAGAUAUGCAUGGCUAAGGUCACUCAGACUAAUCAGCUCAGCCCUGGCCCUGAGGUGUUACCUCACUCAGGCAGAGGGGAUUAGGGAUUUUACAGCACCAGGGAUACAUGACAGGAGAGGCUUGUCCUAUUCUUAGUGUAGGAUGGCCGUUAAAGUAGCUGGAACUAGUAUUCUGCACGUCAACAUCCAUCUCACAACCGAUAUCUUCUGCUCUCGUCAAUGCUAUUGAAUGGUCGAUUUUCUCCAAUGUCACUGAUCAGUGAGUGAUCAAAUUUUUUUUUCUUCGCUGUUUUGGAUUAGUCCAUACUUGCCUGGCUGUCAGAAUGGAACUGGGCAAAGCCAAGUUGCUGAGGACCGGUCUGAACACGCUACACCAAGCCAUCCACCCAGUUCACGGGAUCGCAUGGACGGAUGGGAAACAGGUCUGCCUCACCUCCCUUUACUAUGCCAACGGUGAUGUGAAAUUCGGCGACACCAAUGUCAUUGGUCAGUUUGAGCAUGUCUUCGGUCUCUCCUGGGGCCCUCUAUGCUGCUCCGGCUCUCCUGCUCUGUUGGCCGUCCAACACAAAAAGCAUGUCACAGUGUGGCAGCUGCAGCUCAGCGCUCUGGAACAGAACAAGCUGCUGUGCACUCAGACCUGUGAGAUGAGCGAACCGUUCCCCCUUCUGUCUGAGGGAUGUGUCUGGCAUCCCAAGAUGGACAUCCUUUCUGUCCUUACCAAGAAAGAUGCCUCUGUGCUGUUCUGUGUCCGUGUGGACAACCGCAGGGUGAAGGCUGAUAUUAAAGGCAGUGGACUUAUCCACUGUGCCUGCUGGACCAAAGAUGGCACCCGGUUGGUUGUGGCCGUUGGAAGCUCCCUUUACUCCUACAUCUAUAACGAUGUUCAGAAGAGUCUUUUAGCCUGCUCCUUCUGCCCUAUCUUCGACGUGGGUGGGUACAUCUGUGCCAUCGAGUCGACAGGCGAAGCCCAGGUGGCAGUGGCUACAGAGCUGCCUCUGGAGAGGAUCUGCGGGCUGAACGCAGGUAUAGUCUUCGACGUGCCCUCAGAUUCCGAGUCCUCCCUACCAGGACAUUCUUCUCUUAUGGUGAUGUUGGAUGAGGAUGGCUGUAUAGACCCCCGCAGGAGGUCCUUUGACUCAGAGAGGUCCUACCUGUCCUGCUCUCCGUCUGGCGGCCCUAUGGACCUCACCCACCUCCUGGCCAAGCACCGGCGCUCCGACCCCAGUCCACUCAUAAACUUGCGCCGCAAGGACCACCUGACCGGCUCCGGACAGGAUUCAUCUCACCUUAUCCUUGUCACCUACGAACGGAAAGUCACCAGCACCAGUAAGGUCAGCAUCCCUGGGAUCCUGGUGCCAGACAUCUUGGCCUUUGACUCCAGAGGCUCCAUGGUGGCAGUGGCCUCCAACACGUGUAGCAUGGUGCUGGUCUACUGCAUCACGCCCUUCGCUAUGCCCAAUGUCCAGCAGAUCUCCUUACAGAAGAACGAGAGGCCCAAAGGCGUCUGCUUCCUCAGUGACAAGACGUUGCUUCUCAUGAUCGGCAGACAGAAGUCCAACGAACCUGCCUUCCUCCCCUCCUCCAACACGGAAAAAUAUAUCCUGCACCUCUCCUCCAAGGAGAUAGUCUACGACGGAGAAACCCCGGCGUCUCCCUCCCCGAACCGGCAAUCCCCCGCUAAUUUCUACCCGGGGAUUAGGCGCCACUCGGAGCAUGUCUUCUCUAAGGAGGAGCAGCAGGAGCGUGUGGCGAUCAAGGAGUUGGUGCUGCCGGGAGGAGGUGUAAUCCAGUCCCGUUCUCCAGGGAGCAGCAGGAGGAGGCUGGUGGAGGAGGUGAGGAGCCCGGAGCCCAGCUCAGUCGACUUUCCCUACUCUGACCUCUGCCGCCCCUCUGAUCAAUCCCACUCAAGCACCUCCUCCAUUACGGUCGAGAACUUCGACAUGGAACCCAUCAACCGGAUGAGAGGGUCAGUGCAAUCUGGGGACUUGAGUCGACCCUGCUCCCCAUACUACAACCCUGGGGAUAAGCCCCACACGGAGCUCCCCACCCUGCCCAAGACCACCCCCCUGGCCCCCAGAGAGAAGGAGAGGAACAUGGAGCAGCUGUCCCAGAACAUGGAGAGGAUUUUCUCUCGCUUCUCUGAGGUGCAACAGUAUCUCACAGAGAUCAGGGACUUCACUCAGAACGGGAAAAGGGGUUUGGGGACUAUUUACCCCAAUGCCUGUGAACCUCCAUACGUUAACAUCACAUGUCAGAAGCAGCUGUCUGAAAAUGUGUUUAUAGAUGAGAGAAGACCAGUGUUGCUGUGUGAGGGGAAGCUGUGUCUGAAGAUUCUUCAGGAGCUCUUUAACCUCACUAUAGUAGAGAUUAUGUAUGGUCCGUUGUGGAUAGUCCUAGUGGCGGAUGCAGAGGGCUUUGUACCCCUGACUUUUAAACCCAAAGAGGAGUUGACUGUGAGGAACGGCAGGAGGAAAUCUCCCAUCAGAAGUCCUGGCAGCCCAGACACAUGCCCCUCCAGCCCUGUGAAAUCUCCCUCAAGCCCAGCUAAAUCACAGACUUGAACCAGGCCUAGCCCCAAAACAGAGACCUCGGCAUAGUGGGAGAGAGCACAGAGCAUGGGACAGAGCAUAACACACAGGAUAUGUCAAUGCUUUAUGCAUACAUCUCUAACAACUGGACACACAGAAUCCCUCUGCAUCUUCUUAUGAACAAGCAGUACUGGGUGGCAAAUUCACCUUUUUCAGUUGGGGAAUUAUUUGAGACAAAUGUUUGUCACACUUUGGAAAGUAGCACCUUUCAAACAAUGUUUACAUUUAGUGAUGUUUGGAUUUUUGUCUUUGUAUUAUAUGUACAUCUGGUUCAAGAUGAAGUUGAUCAAAAAUAUAUCGGACCAAUGAAGUACUGUAGUAGUGUUUUGGGUGGCCUAGGUCAGGAAAGUAGCCACCAUAUCCCAAAGAGAUUAAUCCUGUUUGUGUGUUAUGUGAUUGUAUAAUAUUAAAGCCCUCAAAUAUUUCAGUGCUUAACA